UUUUUUUUUUUAAAGAAAUGAUUUGUGGAUGAAAAUCAUAAACAAAAAUUUAUUUAAUAUUCUUAACAUUCUUAAUAGAAAGUUGAUAUUAAAAUUUUUCCAUAUUAGUCAUUACACACUAAAAUCAAAACAUUUACUUCACAAUAUAUAUAUUAUAAUAUUAUUGCAAUAUCAUUAAAUUUUUUAUAAGAACUUCUUUACAAAACUAUUUAACCAGAAGCAAUACUCUCAAUCUUCCUUAUCCAUCGAUCCUACGUAUAUUUAUAUAUAAUAAUCAUUUCCAUCAAGAAAAUGCCGCCAGAAACAAUUUUCCAAUAAGAAAAAUCUGAAAUUUUAUCUCAUUUUAACAAUUUCGUUACGUCAACCUCCCAAAUGGAGCAUCACUUCGUUGAAAAAGAAAAAAAAAAAACUCGAUACCCAAGUGAUAGAAGGUAAACAAGCGUGUCAAUUAUUCCGCUAUCUCGGUUUCCGAGAACGCCUAUGCAGAACAUCGGUCGCGAGAGGAAAGCUAUCGGCUCGGCGAGCCAGGGAUGCCUAUGCAGUGACAGAAAAGUCGAAGCUGGAUCAACCCCCCUCCGGAUCAGAACCGGGCAGGCAUAGAAGCGGGCCGCUUCUCGCCUCUCACGUGUUGGCGCGCUUUAAUGACAUGCAAUUUUGCAACGUAGCUCACCGCCACGAGUCCUUGGCGCUGGGAACUAUAUAAACGGACCGCUUAUAAUUGGCUAGGCUAGCUGAAAGAUUUUUAACCGUCCAGCACUAUGUCGUUCCAAGCCGUGGUCGUCGUCGCGCUAUGCGCUGCCACCCUCGUCGUGGGGGAUUAUCAACUUCCUGCAACAGUGAAGACUUGCAAAAGGGAUUCAGACGAUUUUUCAUCAUGUUUGCGGCUCGCCAUUCAAGAAGCAUGGCCCACAUUCGUUCCAGGAUUACCAGAGUUCGAUAUACCUCCUCUUGAUCCCUAUUACACGGAAUCAUACUCGAUGGAACACGAAAGUGGACAACUUCGUGGAAAAAUAUCAAUCGCUGAUGUUCGAUUGUACGGUCUUGCCAAAUCACGUUUCUUAUCCGUGAAACCGGAAAUGGAUGGUGAUUUCUUCCGACUGGAAAUUGACGUCGAGAUACCAAAACUUCUGAUCGAUGGGGACUACAAAGCCGAGGGAUCAUUGGCUACUUUCAAAAUAGGCGGAAAAGGAUUCUUCAACAUCAGCAUGGAAAACGUCAGAACCACUUGGGACAUUUCAGGCCACGUAGUGAACGACAGAUGGGUCGUGGAACAUUUCAAAACCGUGCCCACGAUCAGCAGCAUGAAGAUCUGGUUCAGCGAUCUCUUCAACGGAAACGAAGAACUGAAUCGUGCUGCUUUGGUCUUCAUCAACGAAUAUUGGCCCUUGGUAUACCGAACAAUGUUACCAAAAUUAAUAGAAAUGUGGGAUACGUAUCUGUCCGAGUUCACCAAUCGUUUCUUCUCAAAGAUACCGUUCUCAACAAUCUUUCCUUGAAAUGAAUGUUGAGAAUGUAACAAAUAAAAAUAUAACAAACAAUUAUAAAAAAAUGAUAGAUUUAAAAAAAGACUCAACAAAGUUUUUUUUGUUGAAAUUAAAGAAUGGAAUGUUUCAAUUCUGUAAUCUUCUUGGCUUCGUAGCAAGAUGAAAUGAAAGAAUCAAGGAUUAAUUGAAUGAAAUUGUAAUAAUAUAACACGAAUAAUUCUAAGAAAAUUUUGUGAAAUUCAUUUGAAUGUCAAAAUGAUCAUUGUGAUCUCUGAAUAUUUUUUUUUUUUUUUUUUAAUUAUUGAAGACACUCUUGUUAAUGCAACAAUGUUUAUACUUCAAUUCUUCAAUUGUUUUUGAAAUUUUUAAUUGAAUAAAUUUUUAAUCGAAUAAAUUUGAAACCAAACAAUUAAAUAUUAAUUUAGAUGAUAUUAUGUACAAUAAUUUGUACAAUCAGCAAUAAAUAUUGAUUCUGUUGUCCUUUAAA